AUGGCAGUAGUUAACACCUACUUCCAGAAAAGACUGACUCGCCGAGCAACUUAUAAUAGCGGUGAACUAAACACACAAGUUGACCACACCUUGUGCAGAAGAAAUGAAAUACAGAAAGUAAAGGACUGCUAUGUCCUACCAAAAGAAGCUGUGGCUAAGCAGCAUAAGCUGGUGGUCCGAAAAAGAUACCAGUCUAUACUUCAGUCUGCUGUAGGGGAUGAAGGAAAAGUAGCUGUCGAAAAUGCUGAUAUGUUAACAAGUUCCAGCCACUCUGCAAGUUCGUUCGACCAUGUGUUAGUAGGUGUUCUUCCCCCAUUCACAUUCCAGUGUCCAGUAGACCUCUUGGGGGAAAUCUUACGCACCCUGAAGCCUAAGGGUUCUUUAACCAUGAGAACAACAGAUGCCGCUAGCACGCAGUCAAAUUUAAAACUCGGUGGUUUCACCUCGGUGUCUGAACCAAGGAAUGCCAACCUCACAGACGAGCAGAAGCGAGAUGUUACCGUGCCCGUCUUUGAGGUCAUGUGUUUAAAGCCGGACUUCGAAGUUGGAUCUGCCAUGAAACUCUCCUUUGCAAAGCCAGCAGCGAAGGCACCGGCAAAUACUUGGAACAUUGACCUUAAUGAUGAUGAUGUAGACUUGGCUGAUCCUGAUGACUUGUUAACAGAGGAAGACCUGAUCCGACCUGACCCAACAAGCUUAAAAGUUUGUGGAACGACCGGGAAACGCAAGGCCUGCAAAAAUUGUGUGUGCGGGCUGAAGGAGGAGCUCGAUGCCGAGGAUAUGAAGAACAAGGAGUCAGUGAAGAAGGACUUUAAAUCAUCAUGUGGUAGCUGUUAUCUUGGCGAUGCUUUUAGGUGUGCCUCUUGUCCUUACCUUGGCAUGCCUGCAUUUAAACCUGGGGAAAAGGUAAAACUCGAAGAAAAGACAUUACAGGAUAGUACCUAAGGGAUUGUAAUUUUACAAUAAAAGUCAAGCAUUCUCUUGGGCAUAAUUGUAGAAAUGACAGUAAAGUAAUCGUAUAUAAAUUAUAUUUUUUUUGCUAUUUAGUAUACAAGUAGACAGAAGUGGAAAACAGUUGUUUGUGAAGAAGUCUCAUGAAUUGGGUUGUAAAAAUGAUAUGAAAUUACAUAUUACAUAUACAUGAUAUUUUUCUUUUUUCUUUCUUUGUGUUUUGGGAUGUAUACAGAUGAAAUAAACUGGUACAGGUAGCAAACUUAUUUGCAUUUACAGGAAUUCUUGGUGACCUUAUAUUACAUAACUAUUUAUUAGCAUUUUAUUUGUUAUGUGUCAUGAAAUAUUUGUUUGAAGCUUGAUGUUAUCUAGAAAGAAAACUUCAUGGGACUGUGGUAUAAUCUUAUCAUUUAGUAUCUGUAGGUCCUUCCUUCUGUCACUGAUAAAGUAUGUUUCCUGUGUUUAGGUUGAUAAUAAUUGUAUUGAAAAAUAAUUUUGAUAUAGGUCCCUCAUGAAAGGUUAGUGAGAUCAAACUUAAUUUAUAUUCCAUACUAUCAUGAAAAGAAUAUUUAUCAAUACCAUUACCUAUAAUUUAUGAUGUAUUUCUACAAGUAGAUAUUUUUUCUGAUAAUAAAACAUAUCCUGUAAAAAGCAAACAGAAUAAACUUGAAUGAUAUAAA